CACAUAAGCGUCCGUCGACCACAGCACACGCUAAUUUGCAUUGCUAACCGUUGCACCGGCCAUCUCCAUCUCUCAUAGCCUCACAGUCACAAGGGUGAGGAGUGGAGAGACGUCGGUGAGUUUCACCAUAUGGCGGUGGGGAAGGGAGGAGGGCUGCUGGUCCUCGUCGUUGUAGGUCUGCUCCUGCACGGCACCCGUGUCGCCGACGCGCAGUCUCUCCGGGUUGGGUACUACAGCCAGACGUGCGGCAGCGCCGAGUCCAUCGUCGCCGACGAGGUCCAGAAGGCGUCGUACAGGGAUAGGGGCGUCCUGGCCAGCCUCAUCCGGCUGCACUUCCACGACUGCUUCGUCAAUGGCUGCGACGGGUCGGUGCUGUUGGAGGCCAGUGACCGGCAGGCGGAGAAGAACGCCAAGCCCAACCUGAGCCUGCGAGGGUUCGACGUCAUCGAGAGGAUCAAGCAGAGGCUGGAGGCCGCGUGCGCGCUGACGGUCUCGUGCGCGGACAUUGUGGCCUUCGCCGCCAGGGACAGCGUUAAGCUGAGCGGUGGCCUUUGGUACGCCGUUCCCGGCGGGCGGCAGGACGGCACGGUGUCGCGGGCGAGCAUGACCGGCGACCUCCCGCCUCCGAACCAGCGCAACGUGGACCUGCUCGCGCAGUACUUCUACCGCAAGGGCCUGACGCUGGACGAAAUGGUCCUCCUCUCAGCCGCGCACACGGUGGGCAUCGCGCACUGCAGCUCGUUCGACUACCGGCUGACGAGCGACCAGGACAAGGGCAUGGACCCGGCCUUCCGCAACAGCCUACGGAGCCAGUGCCAGUACAACCCCAGCAACUACGUGCCCUUGGACGCCGGCAGCCAGUACGCGUUCGACACCGGCUACUUCUCCAACGUGCUGGCCAACCGCACCGUGCUCGACUCCGACGCCGCCCUCGCCUCGCCGCGCACAGCAGACAAGGUCAAGCAGUGGAAGAACAACCCGGACUGGUUCAAGAACAGCUUCGCGGCCGCCAUGGUCAAGAUGGGCAGCAUCCGCGGCAGCUACCCCGGCAAGGUCCGACUCAAUUGCACCAGGGUCAGGAUGUGAGGGCCAUUGCCGUAGACAUGAGGAGCCGUUACGUCGAUAUAUAGCACUCACCAUUCAAUCCAAUUACUCCUUCCGUAGUGAUAUAUUUUCUUGUGUUCUUGCAUUUCUAAUUAGUGCGUGUACCUUCUAUAUAUAUAUAUAUAUCUACGUAUAUGUGCAAUACUGAAAUUUAUCA